AUGACUCCCCGUCGGUCCUCUCGUGCCCGCACCUCCCAACCGUCCCCGGCCAUUCUCCAGCAUACGAAUUCCUCCAGCUCCUCAAACUCCUUGACUCGAGAAAGAAGCACCCGAUCGAAUCAUAAAAUCUCUUCUCCCCAACGAUCUUCCACCCAGCGGUCCCAGUCCAUCGACGAUGCCGACAGUGGCACGAGAAGCGACUACCCACAGACGCGGCAGCGCCAGCGCGCUCGAGGAGAAGAUGAGAAUGGACAGCAACUGAGACUAAAUGGGGAAGAAGAAGACGAGGAUGAUGAAGGAGAAGGAGAUGAAGAAGAAGAGAUCACCAGAUGUCUCUGUGGGCAGCAGGAAUACCCAGGCUUGCCUCCCUCUCGUCGGGAGGCACUCGGUCGCAACGGGUUGGCUGCCGGCUUCAAGGACGAAAAUGCCUUGAACAUCUCCACACAAUCAUCCGAUCUGAUGUCCGACGACAUUGGCAGCAUGUUCAUCCAAUGUGACUCCUGCAAGGUCUGGCAACACGGCGGCUGUGUGGGUAUCAUGGACGAGGCCAUGAGCCCCGACGAGUACUUUUGCGAGGAGUGUCGGAAGGAUCUUCACAGAAUAGAAAAUGAGCCCAAUGGUCAAUAUUCCUCACAGUACCUACCUGUCGUCCCGGAACCGUCUUCCGCCGCAACAUCUCGCGAUUCAUCGCGAGAUAACUCUCGACGCGCGAAAGAUUCCAGGUCCCGCCAGAGCGAGUCCCUCACCAACCCAAAACGAAGGUCGACGAUGAAUAGCCGCGACGCUGCGUACGACGAAGAGGAGCAGCUUCGUCGAGCAAUCGAGGAAAGUAAGGAAGAUAACACCCAAACUGCCGCCGAGGACCCUGCUGGACGACGCGCAAAGAGAAGUCGAAGCGACAGUGAGGCCCACAAACAAGUCGCGAAGCGGCCGCGCACGAGCUCACCUUCUCCAACCACUGUUCUGGAACCCAAUGAUCCCGAAUCUCAGGUACCCUCAGAAGACGAAUCAACAACAAAAACAAAUGGCAAUGGUGAUAAACACCCCACAGCGGCUUCUCGAAACCAGCGCGAAAGGGAAGCAAAGAACACAGAAGAGCCUGAAACGGAGCCUCAAGAUACUGCGAAUCACAAGAAAGUGAGACCAGAAAGACGGAAGGGUGAAGGCGCCGACUCUGACCAUGAGAUGGGUUCCCCGACAAAACCAGCUGUCGAAGAGGUGGUAGAACCUCCACAGCCCAGCCCCGAAACCACUGUGCCGGUCCCCGAACCUGCGCCCGUUCGUCCACCCACCCGCAAGUCCGGUCGCCCACCUGCACGCCGUGGAGGCCGGGUUGGGCGUAAUCAAUACACAAGAGAUCGGGAUCUCAAUGGGGCCGAUCUGGGUUUCAUGGGCAAUUCCCCACGACGCGGGGGAUCGCACGAUAUUGGCGGAGACUCGCCAAGAGUGGGUGGCAUGAACGGGGCACAUAUGAACGUGGACUCGGGCAAACCGAGCAGACCGCGGUACAUGAACCCACAGCGAACCACAAUGAAUGAGAUGAAAAGACGGGUCGCGGGUAUUCUUGAAUUCAUCUCACGCAUGCAAGUCGAGAUGGCGGUAGCCGGAGAUUCUUCCCCUCCCGGAAACGGUGAUGGGCCCAACGGCAUACUUACCGUGUCGUUGGCUGAUCAAAAUGACCAUCCUUCACACCCGUUGACUAACGGUGUGGAGUUAGGAGCAGCUAUACUCGGCAGUGGAACGGAUUCUAUUCAGGCCCCCAAAGAGAAAGACUUCAGAGAAAUGAGCAGCGUGGAGAUGAUGGAUGUCCUCACGCGCCAUCUGCUGAAAUGGCAGCAGGAAUAUGGCAAGUUCGGGGAAAGGUGA